UUCCCAGAAUUCCUUUAGUUUAUUUGUAUCUGUAUGAGGCACUCUCCUCAACCCUAAUGAUUUGUUCAAUGGAGGAGAAAACCAGAGCAUCUAGAGUCUUCCUUUUCAAACAUUGGGAAACAUACUUACAGAUCAUGGCCUGGUCAGAAUUUGUCUCAGGAUUCCAGCAGUGCAAAGCAGCAGUACUAAUUAAUGACCACCCAUUACACACAUUUUUAUAGAGAUGUUUUAUAAAGAAGUAAUGUAUAUGAUCCAUAAACAUACCCCAGGGUCCCCAACCUUUUAAACCCAUGAGCCAAAUUCAAAUGUGAAAAUGUGAAACAUAAAAGAAAUCCUGGGGGUGCAAAAUAUAUUGAUAGCCCCUAUGUGAAUUGGCAGCCUACAGGAGGCUCUGUUUGGCAGCUGUUAGAAGAAUGUGAUAAGCUUUUGGGAGAAUGCUUUAAUAUUGGAGAUUUUCAUGUUUAAUAAAAACCCUUUUUCUGGUAGAUCUGUAUUCUCUUUCCAUAAGGGCAAAUAAACAGCACCAAAAUUUCUAAACUUUUACACAUUAAUGGGACUAUGUAAUACAAGGCAUUAAAUUUGUGUGCAGUAACUAAUAACAACCAAUCAACUGGUAGCAUUUACUGGUCACCUGUUUAAAAGCAAACAUCUUAUUGGUUGCUAUAGGUUACUGCUCCUGGGUAAAUGCAGUGUAUUUUAUUACAUAUGGGGGUUAGUAGCUUAGUAAGAGUACACAGGAGGCAAACAUCUUGUCUUUAUAUUACUUUCACUUAACUCUGUGGAUGAGCGGAUUAAAAAUGAUAAAUAUCGGCAGUAGGCUCUACUGCAAGCAUAGUGAUACUUUUGUAGGGCAUAAUGACACUUCGCAGAAAUUAAAAUAAUUUGAUAUUCUUUUAAUAGUUCUAGUGGAAAAAUCUUUAAAAAAGGUUUCAUGUGCAAGCAGCUCUGUGUAGACCUUUUUUGUGAACUGAUAUUCGGUGGCCUUGUUCAUCCUUGUCUUGCCAAAUGCUUGAUUUUGUAAACUUUUGGCUUUUCAGCCAUCUCCACUUUGGUUUACUUGAGUUUAUUUUUGAAAAUUAAUUCUGCUUCUGAUGUUCCCGCUGGAGGACCGGAGUGAUCUGAACCGACAACAUUUAACUGAUGAGGAUAAAAGCGUGAAAAUGAUCAAGAGCAGCGGCUCUACUCUGAUCAGUAGGGCACAGCUUUGAUAGAGCCGCUUGCUCUGGUGCUGAAUACAAUGCCCCUAUUGAGCCAGUGAUGAGCACUCAUGACCCCCUUCCUGAUGUUCCUUCUUUCUCUUCAUCUUUCACAAACGUAGGCAGGCCGAAAUGUUAAACUGAAGUAAACAAGGUUUUGGAGCUGAAAUAGGGAAUCAACAGGCAAAUGACGUCAAAAUAAAUGCUUCAGAUGCAGCCAAAUGUUUUCAGCUUUUCCACCAUACCCACGUGUCAUAAACAGGUUAUAGUCUUAGUACACUGUAGAGUCAGUCAAGGUGUUAUUCACAAAACUAACUAAUAUAUAAUCACUUUGCUAGAAUGUACUAGAUUGUAGUGGGCAUGAUUCUGGGCACAGAGAAUACAGUUGACUAAGGUUGAAGAAAAUAUUGCUGGUUGCUACCAGUUACUUGAGAAAAAAUCACUGAACAGUGUUGUCCAACCUCUGACUCUCCAGCUGUAGCACAACUGCCAGUAUGAGUUGAAGCCUGUUGAAGUUGAACGCUGGGAUUGUAGUUUAGCAAUAGCUCAUGUGCCGCAGGUUAGAUAUCAGUAGACUAAAGGUUUUAAAAUUUAAAAGCCCUGGCACUAAUGAACAUGACAAUUUUCUUCUCACCCCUUCCAGCCUGCAAGCCCCCACCUCCUCCUCCUGUCCUGGCAUUAUUGUCAAAGCCUUAAUGAAUUCAGCAGUUUACACAAAUGCUUGGGAACUGUCCCUUCCAUCCCUUACCCCCCCUCCUGUGGUCCUGGACAUAUACAGCUCUGCUAACCGUGCUGUGUAUUGUUUAACUGUCAACUUAGAGGAGGUUCUGACUGAGACAAAUGUGGAAGGGAGAGUGUCACAGGGAGACAGAACAGGGAGUAUAGCUGGAACACAGAAAGAGAACAAGCAGGAAAGGAUUAGGAAAGAGAGGAGAGAGUUGGCUUUAAGAGCUUAUAGUAGAUGCAAAGACACAAUGAAUUAUUAGAUAAUUUGAUGCACUUGGUCAAUGCAUGGUAGGUUGUAAAAAAGGCAAGGUUCUGUACUGCUGGAAAAGAAAGGGAAGUAGGAAAGGUGGAAUUCUACAGUGCAAACAGGGUAAAUAGUUCAAUUCAGGGCAGACUACAGGUGAAAGGAAAUUGAGGUUAAUUGAAACAGCUGUGUCUGAGAAUGAAGCUACUCUGCUGGUCUCUUCUCCCAGUUUUAAUCCUGAUCCUUCAUCAUAUUGAUGGUGCUCCAAUAAGUAAAGAGCAGUACAGGAUGCCAGCCAAUAUCCUGCAAGGUGAGUGUUUUCUAUUUAUCCUAGGUCUCAGUGAACUAAAUGGUUCAGUGUUGAAUAGACGACAUGCUCCCGACAUCUAUUAAGGCUGCUAAUUGUUUCUUCAAAAGCAAAUCUAUCCAUUUGUCUGACUCAUAGAAAGCAAAAGAGGGGGAACUACCAUAGCAUGCCAAGCACAGCAGACUGUGGAUAAAUUCCAAAACCAUUGGCUCUGAUUAGUAAAUUUACAAUUUGUGACUUGCUUCUGUAUCUCAAUUACUCUUUAGUAUGAAAAUGAUCUUCUCUUUUAUUGUAGCUGUUGUCCUAGACAUAUGUCUAUUUGUAAAUGCAAAGUUCAUAAAAACAUGAACACAUAAAAAGUGUGUUGAAAAGCACAAGAUAAAUGCAGAAUCUAAAUAUUUUAUUCAUAGGCAUAUUUUUAUCAGACUUUAUUUCCGUCAGAGACAAAGAAGACUAAUGCAGUCAUACUCUGUGGAUUAAGAAUAGGCAUCAUUUAAAAUGCUGUGGAUAUGGGGCAAAACAAUAUCAUUCUAUGACCAAAAAUAUCCAGGAUAUUCCUGCCCAAUUUCUUAUAGCAACAACAAGAUUUGAAAUGUAUCUUCCCUUUGCUGUUUUAAUAUCCUCUGCUUUUCUAGAAAAGCUUUCUACUAGAUAUUGGAGGGAUUCACAUCCAUUCAGCCACAAGAAAAUUUGUGAGUUGGACAUUGAUGGUGGUUAAGUAGGCCUGGCUCAAAGUCAGCACCAUAAUUUAUCCUACAAGUGUUUAGUUCAGUUGAAACCAUGGCUUGGUAUGAUUGUAGGUUAAGUUCUUCUGGUAUCCACUGAAAUUAACAGUGAUGAAGUGUUAGUCAUCACUUAAAGUAAUGCAUUUCUACAGUCCAAAGGCAUAGUAUGGCGAUGCUAUGCUUUAAUGUGGUUGCUUUGCCAUACAAAACAUGCUCCCACCCAGUAUAUGGUUCAUGUGCUGAUGUUGCUUCCAAAGAUUGUCUGGAACUUAGAAGUAUGUGCUUCAACAAAGGACAUAAAGUUUUAGAAACGGUGUCCCUACACUUUGACCAUACUUAUGCCUUUUUUUGUACAGCAAAAAGCAUAGCAUAGAUAGCAGUAUUUACCCCCUUUAAUAUAUAACUUUGUAUAGGAAAUGUAUGCAGUGUAUACUGUUACAUGACGAUGCAAACUAAGUUAAUAUUAUAUCCUAUACCCUUGCAGCUCUCUCAGACAGGGGGACUCUGAUCUUGGAGGCUGCAUUGAAAACAGCACUUCAGGCUCUAGAUGUAGCUGUAAAAGAACAAGAGCAGUAUCAGAAGGUUUGUAACUCAUGUGUUCCCUGCCUCUUUCCAGAAUGCACCAACACAGGAGUUCAGUGCAGAGAAAAUUUCCUACCUGGAGACUCAGAGCCAACAUGUGAUGUGAUCCUGGAGGCUCACACAGAAGCUGACCCUCUGAAAAGAAGCUGGUUAAUGAGUCAAGUCUGUAGCGUAUACCAUCAACUGUGUCCUGAGGGGAACCUGACUGGGGACAAAUGCAUCCAAAUCAUGGCUGGCCGGUGCCAACUGAAACUUGAGGAGUGCAAGCUAGAAAUGAAUAUGGAUUAUUUAAAUACCUCUCCAGAUGAUGGAAGUCCAGGUGAGCAAUGAGUGACAUGUGGACAGAAGUUCUCAUCCAUCAGCAACAACACAGGCCCAAAGGGACGCAUUGUGGGUGGGAGCAUAACAUCUCCUGGGUCUUGGCCUUGGCUAGUGAACAUUCGAUUUAAUGGCGAACUGAUGUGUGGAGGAGUCCUGUUAGAUGACAUGUGGAUCCUUACAGCUGCUCACUGCUUCACUGGAAGUGUUAAUGAAGUUUUGUGGACAGUAGUGGUUGGUCAGUAUGAUCUCACCAAAAAUGCUCAAGGAGAGAAGACAUUUCAAGUCAACAGGAUUGUGACCCAUCCAAAGUUUAACCAGAAAACCUUUGAUAAUGACCUUGCCCUGCUGGAAUUAACCAGUUCAGUCACAGCUUCACAAAGUGCAAGACCAGUGUGCCUUCCACCAGUGCCUAGAGAUCCAACCCCUGGAACUAACUGCUACAUUGCUGGGUGGGGCUCCCUCUACGAAGAUGGACCCCUGUCAGAUGUGAUUAUGGAGGCCCGUGUACCGGUUCUUAGUCAAGAAGCGUGCAGAAGCACCCUUGGGAAAAACAUGCUAACCAGCACUAUGUUUUGUGCAGGUUACCUGAAUGGUGGAAUAGACUCUUGUCAGGGAGAUUCUGGAGGGCCACUGACCUGUCAGGAUCCUAUCUCCAAACAAUAUGUUCUGUAUGGAAUCACAUCAUGGGGAGAUGGCUGUGGGGAAAGAGGGAAGCCAGGAGUAUACACAAGAGUCACAGCCUUUACUGACUGGAUCAGCCACCAAAUGAACAAAUCUCCUCCAAUCAGGGAGCCUACAUGCUUUGAACUGAGUGAACUAGGUAUCCUGCAUGAAAAGGGGGUCAGUUCUAUCUGCUCUUUCUAUAGGCAGACGUGCCCUGCACCUCUGAGCCAAGAAGCAUGCGCUCGUUUUACAGAAGAAAGGUGCAAACAGAAACAGCACCGAUGCGAGCUACGUUCCUAUCUACAAACCCUUCUCAGCUUGCUGCGCAGGGCAGAGGAUUUCUUGCGGCAGAGCAUGGAUUUCUCAUUUUUCACCCAGACUAUUCCACAGUUUAUGGAGCAAGUGUACAGCAAUAUCUUUACUUCAAGAGUCCGCAGGGACAUUCAGAUCCCAGAAACAGGGAGUGUGGAUGAAGUGACAUCUAAUGAGACAUUAGAACAAACUGAAAGUGACACAGACAGCAACAAGCUACUGCAAAAUAAAACAUUUGAAUUGUUAUUUCAAAACUGGGGGCCAAGUCUGGAAGACUGGAUAAGAAAGUUGCAUACGAUGACUACGGAUGAGGAUGCAAGAUCUUCACAAGCGUUCCAGGCAGAUAAAGAAAAUAUAGGAAUGGAAAGGGAGCUUUUCCUGCAGAGAAACGAUGAGACAGUGAAAACACUGAAAGCAGGCGGGUUGAAAAUGAUUUACAUGCUGAAAUCAGAAAUCCAAAGGGAAGGAGCUGUAAAUAUCUACUUGGAAAUGCCAGCUUUAGAACCAAAGUCCACUGCUGAUCAUUCCCAGAUAAGGAAGAGAGAAGUAACAGAAGUGAUUGAUGAGGGAAAACCAAAUCUGAGAGGUUGUCAGCUUCUAUUGGAAGCAAGUCAUAAAGUCCAGUCCAUUAAAGAAAAAUACAGAUGGAUCCUGCAAGUGCCAGAGAGAGACCUCUCCAUGAACUUCCAAGAGAUUCUGGUGGACAUGAAUUCUAAGAAUGGUAAAGGCCUCUACAGAGCUCGUGUUAGGGUCCAAGUAGCUGGGAAGCCCACAUCCUUUAUCAGUUUAGUGGGGCUAGAGAACAGUUCCCUCUAUCGUAGCAUGCCAGGAAUCAUUGCCUUGUCAAUGGAUGUUCUAAAAACCUAAAGUAUGAGUGGGUCUACUUAUGGAAAAAGGAGAGGAGAUCCUGAAGAUCGAACAUACCCCUGGGUGCAGUGCCAAAGAAUACCCAGGCAUCACUUCUACAUUGGAAGAAGUCAAAAAGAAGAGAGGCUUGGCCAGUCCAAAUAACAUUACCUGACCUUUGCUAUGAUGAAAGAAAGAUAGAACUUGCAUCCAUCUGCACAAUUCAUUGUCCUAAAAUCUAAUGCUACACAAACACAAGCACAGUAGAUAUACUUGGUUAGAUGGCCAACCCCUUCAAAGCAAUUUUGUGACAAUGGGAAAAAAAACUAUUUUUGACUAUGCUGAAUGCGAUGCAUUCUCAUACCAGAAAAAGUUACUAUUCUUUUUAGCACCUGAAUUCUGGGUUAAACCAUCAACACGAAAAUCACUGAUGGAUUAGCAUUUCUGUGUUGUAUGAAAUGUUUGUUGUACUGAAUGUACAAGUGGUACCAAAAAGAGAUGCUUCCACACUUCUAGUGGUCUAUUUAGUAUGGCUCAAGUGCAAGCUGUCAUAGUUGCAGUGAUUCUAUAAACAGGAACUGUAAAAAUUAUCAAUCUGCUCUUCCCCAUCAGCCUGAUGUCAGCAAUGUAAUAUAGCAAUAUAUUUUAUUUUUUCUGAAAUGGUUGUAUAUUAUGUAUUCAAUAAAUUACUGACAUUGCUCUGAUAGCA